AUGGCGGGCAGCGAUGCGGACGGCGAGGGUCGCGCGCGAAGGAGCAGCGCGCCUCGGCGUCCUGGGGAGCCCUGUGGGCCGGGAGGCGAGACUGCGGCCAGCGGCCCAGAGCCGCUGUCCACUGCUGAAGCGCCGGCCGACGGCGCUGCGCUGCCCGCCUGGAUGCGCCUCUACUUCUACGGGAUGCACGGGAUCACCCUGGACGUGCUCCUGUCCUCGGCUCGGCGCUUCGCUAGCAGCCCGGACCUCCGGAUGCUGGGCUUCUCCUCGCCCUAUCGCUGCCUGCUGCACUCGCUCACCCACUUCGCCCUGGAGAAGGUCUACCUGCAGCAGCGGCGCUGCCCCAGCGCCUUCGUCUUCAAUUUUCUCCUCUACCCCUCAGCGCACGUGGCACUGCAGACCCUGGCGGGCCAGGCGCCGCUGCUCGGCCUGCGCCGCGGGCCGGGGGGCGCGGUAGUGCCGGGGACACUGGACCUAGCGCUGCAGUACGUGCUGGCGCUCUACCACUGCCAUGUGUUUCUGAACCGCUUCCUGCGCUUGCGGUACCGGCGGCCGCCAGAGCAGCAGCAGCAGCAGCGUUGGCCAGGCGCGCCCCCAGUCCCUCGGGGCGCCGGGACCCCUGUGGUUGCAGGUGGCCCGCGCCACCUACCCCGAGGCGGCAGGGGCGUCGGAGGAGCCCCCAGUCACGGGCUGCCGGGCCUGCUCCGCUUUCUUUUCUUCGGAAUGCACGGCUUUUUGGAUGAGAUCUUCUUCACUUUCUUCUUUAAUUUACUGGGGCAGGGAGAUGGGGUAACCAGCGGCCACACGUCACUCUGGUCCUUUUUUAUGUACGGCAGCUGCAGUUUCGUGGUGGAAAAGCUCUACUUCCAUCUCCACUGGAGUCGUGGCUGGAGCACUUGGGAGCGGAUACCCAUCUACGUGAUCUUCAUCUAUGUUUGGGAGUUGUCUUGGGGUCUGGGACUCCGCAUGUGCGGCGCUUGUUCCUGGGACUAUUCUCACUAUCCGCUCAAUUUCAUGGGCCUCAUCACCCUGAUGUAUUUACCUGGUUGGAUAUUCCUUAGUGUGUACCAGGACCUACUUUUCAACGUGUUGUGGCGGGUGCAGUACAUACCAACUAACUAACU